GGACAUAAACUAAAUACUAAGUAAUCGUUAAAUCACAAUAAAAGCAAAGUGAAAUAAAGCAAGCGAAAUUAUUUUAGUGAAAUUGAAAGCCAAUCUUAUGCUACAAGAAGAAUUAAUAAGGUUUGAAACAACCAAACAAAACGGAAGUGAAGAAAAGAGUGAAAUAAGAAACCCACAAAGUGCACAAAGCAUAUAUACAUGCAAAUAUAACGAAGUUCAAUAACAGUUCAGUGAGUGACGAAAGGUCGUUGAUGGAGGAAGUGUUAAAAAAGUGGAUAAAAUCAAGAAACCUAAACCAAAAGUGCAAAUUAAGAGAGGAAAGUGAGUAGAAGAGAGAAUUAUUGAAGAUUAAAAAAUUCAAAAGAAAAUAAUUGAAUUCAAAUAAGUUAAAGUGCAAAAGCAACUGUGUUGAAAUAAUUUCUCACAGUGUAAUUGAGAGUUAAUUCAAAUAUUGGAGAGCUCGGAGCCCUACAGGACAGUUAAAAGCAGAGCGCCUCUCAUAAGGAAGCUCAACAAUAGGAGCUAAGAACUCAACUACACCAACAUAGCUAAUAGUCAAAAAACAAAUUCACCACUAACAAAGUGCAGAGCUUAGCUUAGCCCAUACAUAAACCGCCGCUGAAAGCGCAACACACCAACAAUUAAAUGCACCAAACUCACCACGGCGGCGUACCAGCGCACAAAUACUCAACACGUAUUCAGCAAUAAGGAACACAACACAAAACUGAGCAAGCUAUUCAACAUAACCGAUAUACACCACUAACCGGCGAGAUGGCGACGACCAACGCAAGCACAACGAUAACGACGACACCAACAACCGAUGACGACUAUGUAACCGUUGUUGAAGUAGACGAUCCCGCAUCCAAAGACACAAACCCCCGACAGCUAGUCAAGCAAAGACAAAGCUCAGUUGAAGAAGACUCUUCGUACAUAACUGUGCUAACGAUCAACAAUCAAACACAAUUGCACAACACAAACAGUGGUGGCAGCGUACAAAGUGACGGAAGCGCGUCGCAAGCAACAAAUGGCGCUACAAAUGGUUUAUUGCACACAACCGAAGCGGAAGCCGCUACGGAAUUAUUAAUCGUACACCGGCAGGCAGGUGAACGUCUGGGGUUCGGUCUGAAGUUUCAAGGUGGCACACGCAGCGCCGAAAAGGUGCACAAACUCUACAUACAGUCCUGCGCCGCGGAUAGUCCGGCCUCGAAAGUGCGCGCCAGUUGGGGCCCUCUGCGCGAGGGCGACGAAAUUGUCAGCAUCGAUGAGCAACGCGUUUGCGAGCUGACGCGCAUCGAAUGUGUGCGCUGUUUGAAAGAUAAUGUCGCUAUACGUUUGCAGGUGCGCAACGGUUAUGGACGCAAACCAGAGACGGAGGAAGAGCUCUUGCUGCUGGCUAGUGGCACGCAUAUGGAUGCGGUUGGUAGCAGCGCGGCGGGUGCGCGUGUGUUGAGCAAUGAUGCAAGCGGCGGCACAGCUGUGAUUAUGAGCAAUGGCCAAAUGAAGGGCAGCCCUCCACCACCACCACCCGUACCGCCACGUAAGCUGGUGAAGCGUAAGUCGUUGAAUGGCGAAAGUAAAGUUGUGGUGCCUGUGGCGGCGACGGCGUUAGCUACCAGCAGCGCUAGCGCCGCGCCGACAAUUACACUAACCGCGACGAGCGCGUCACAUAGCGGCGAGGUGGAUAAACCUUUUACACCGCCGCCGGAUGCCGAGUAUUACAUAAAUCUUUUCGCCGACGGUCAAUCGCUUAAGACAGAGUCGGAAUCGGAUGACACUGCAAGCACAAUUUCGACAGUGAUUGAUAAAUUCUCCAUGAGCUCCAACUAUUCUUCGGAAUCGGACUUGUCCAGCUACACAUCGCUGACAAAUGGUCAGAGUGUGAUUAAUAAAUCAGAGUUGGCAAAGGUGCUCAAACCGUUCACAAUGCUAGAGCAAGAAUUCAAUGUAAAUGUGAAUGGUAAUGCAGCGGUACAGCUGGAGGAGUGUCUUAAGAAAGAUACAAUGGGGGAUGUAAUGCCGGAUUUAUUAGCGGGCACAAUGUCAGCGACACAUGCUAAGAAACCGUUAACAUUUAUACCAGGCAACAACUACGAGAAUGUGGAGUUUAAGACGGAGAAGGUGAACACCUAUGAGAAUGUCGAACUUAAACCACAGGUUUCAGGUGCAACAAAUGUUAUACUACCGACACCGAAACCACGACAAGCGGUUGCAAAUGGCUCGCCAACGGUUGAGCCGAAGAAACGUUCUAUCAUACCCACACCACGUAAAAUUGCCACACCCACUAAGCUGCCCAUACAAGUGGCGCCACCGACGGUGCCCAGUGAGGCGUUGCAAGCUAAGACAGCGCAGAAGGCAGCAAAUACCCCGAAUUUACCCGAAACACCUACCACUCCCAGCACACCUACAACACCCACAAACUUUCCCCAAACGCCCGCAAAUACGCCAACUACACCGAACGCACAUGAGAACACACAUAGCGCUAAGGAGUUCAUAACGAAAAUACCAAAGGCUAUCGCUUCGGUGUUUGGUCCGAACUCACAGCGUUCCUUCGAGCGCGCAAAGACUGAAGGUGAAAUUAAGCUAAAGCAGAGUCCCGAACUCGCGGCGUCUAUUAAGCAACAGACAGCUUUAUUUUUGGAUAAGGAAUGUCACAGUUCCACGGAGAGCGUUGCAAGCGCCAUACGCAAACCGACGUCAGAUAAGACAAAACCUACUGAAACUAGUAAAUUGUCGCCACACAAAUCGCGCAUUCCGGUUGUGCUUUCGCCGAAACGUUCGCUCGAGUUGGAUAACUCCAUGGAACGCAAACACCUUGGCAGUCCUUCGAAUAUACCACGUUUCUUAACGCACAAACAAAAAUCCGAAACGGAUCUGAAACUUGGACUCUAUCGCAGUAAGUCUAAGGAGUCCAGUCCACCAGUGAGUUUGAAAAUGCCGCUACAACGUACGAAUUCAGCCGAAUCAAAGCUGAAGAGUCCCGAACGCACACUCAUACCCGUCUUUAGUGGACAGUCGACAUCGGCAGAAGCAAUACUUGCCUCUACUGUUACAACCACACCCACAAAAGUCAAAGGUCCGAAACCCAAACCACCAGAGCGUGUGCAAUCGUUGGCCAAGACACCGACACACAUACCAAAAUUACAAACCGCACAGGGUGCCAAUGGUGCGGUUACGGUAACAGUUGGCGAACGCAGCGCACAAACACCAUCACCCACAUCCUCGCCAGCCCCCAAUAAUACACCAACAAUGCAGACAUUCAGACAACACUCACCACCAGCAAGCGUCUCGCCGAAUCGUGAAAUCCGUUUCAAAAUACAAACUUACGAAAGCAAGGCGCAAGAACCGCGCACACCCUUUACGGAUGUCAAUGAUAAUGAGGAUGAGAAAAUGCCCAGUCUCUUCGAUCUGGUACGCAAGAACAGUCCAAAUGCACAACGCAAAGAGGAUGGGCCAGUGUCGAACACAACUUUGUCGACUUUUAAGACACCAUCUAGCUUUGAGCACGAGCAGCAUUUGGAGAGCAACGUUGAUGAUGAAGAUCCGCCACCAGCUGUGGUGGGCAAAUGUAUUAAGGUGAAUGACUCACAACCCACUUACUACUCCAGUUCCAGUGAAGAUGAUGAUGAGGAGGGCAGUGCGGUCGAUAAUGAUGCUGAGCGCGAUUAUGAUUGUGAGGAUGGUGAAAAGUUGGGACCGCCGGAAGUUAUAAAUGGACCCGGACCAUCAGAGGCGUACUUCAAUCUCUACUGGCAUUCAAAUAUGUUGCCGACCAUUGGUGAGGUGGAAGAAGAGUUCUCAUCACUGGAACCGCAAUCCCUGCCAAAUGGACCGAUCGUAAUUGUGGAUGAUUUGAGCCAACAGCAACAGAACAAGCAGUCUGCAAAUCACAUUGAAGACGAGAAGAUCAACGAGCAGCAACGGCACACCGAAAGUGUAGAAAAGAAAGACACAAACGCCUUGAAGGAGACAAAGGAAGUAAGCGAGAAGAAGACUACUAAAGAAACGAGCGCCGAGCAGAGAAAGGAAUCCCUGGAACAAGCUGCUGGUGAAGUUGUUGCAAAGCCCAUAGAAGACGCAAAGCAAGCGCAGAUCCACGAGUUCUCCGCAAAGGAGACCACAGGCGCAAGUGACGCCACAGAGAAAACCGGAAAGGCGGAUAAAGAGAGCUCGAACGAGCUUAAAAGCCAUACGGUACUGACAAAUAAAUCUCGGAAUUCGCAAUUUCUUGGCACACCCGUAACGCCACCAACAGUACCACAAAUGGAGAAAGCAACAACAAAAUCAGAACAGAAUACAACCGAGGGUGAUAAGACGUCGCAGGCGGACGCAAUGCUGACGGCAAGCGUAGCGGAUAGUGAAAAGACAGUGACAGUGAAAGAGAAUGCAACUGAAAUGAAUGAACCGAUAGUAGCAACAACAACAGUAACAACUGAAAAUAUACAACAAUUGAAACUAAGUGAUAAGAUAAGUGACAUUACGACCGCAGCAAUGUCGGAGCUUAAUUACGAAGCGAGUGAGGGUGCGCAAGCGAGUGCGGCGUUGACAUUGUCCGAGCAAAUUGAUAUGCAAAAUACCAAGGCUAAUGAGCCAAAUGCGGUUGACAAUACUGAAGUAGUGAUAACGGCUAAUCAGGUGUCGAACAAAGCAACGGCGGCAACAACUGAAGUGCAGCUAGUGGAAGAACAGGCGAGUGAAGCAGUUAUAAAGCCCACAAUAGUGGACGUAGAGGUUGUAGAUGCGAAUGUAGAAGUAAUGGAAACUAAAAAGUUGGAGGCGAAGGCAGAAUUGCCUGUGGAGUCGAAAGAGUUCAAUGAGUCCAAGGUCGAAACCGCGGAAACAACAACCACUAGCAGCAGUAGCUCCAAUAAUACGAGUCAGACAAGUGAGACACACACAGAGCAUAAGUCGGAAGAGCGUGUGGAACAAAAGUCCGAGGUUAAGUCGGAGACCAAAACAUCGGAGACUAAAUCUGAGACACGAAAAUCUACACAAAAGUUGACAACAACUACAACUAAGAAGCAAGUUAUCAAGUCCACCACAUCGACCUCGCAGCUACAUGAGAGCACUAGCUUAGACACGCUAGAUGGACUGCCGGAGGAGAUGCGUAAGCUGUUGGAAGCUAAUGGUGGUAAGAUCACUACUGUCACAAGCAGCACAACACCACUGUCAUCGCCAACCUUCAAUACCAAUUUGGCGGAGCAAUUCAACAAACCCAUCGCCUUCACGUUACAACCGUAUGCGGAACGUGUUAGCACCGCCGGCGCGCCACGCAUAACUGUCUUCGAGGAGCGUCAAUUUGAGAGCAAACAAAAUGCCUACACUGAGAUACGCACACGCGAUGCCAGUGGCGAAGAGAAAGUACAAACUAGUACCGAGUCGCAUAAGGAACGCGCCAAAUUAAAGAAGGUACACAGUCACGACGACGAAUUGGAUCAGCUCGGCAUUGUGAUCGAUGCUGAUGUUGGUGUUGCAGCCGACAAAUGUCAGCCGAUGACGAUCACCGCGUCUGCGGAGACACGUAUAUCGGCGCUAGCCGAGAAUCCACAAGAUAAGCAAAGUAUUGAAAGGGGUAUUUUGAAUUUAUCGGAGAGUGGUAAACAACUGCAACGCAACGAAGCGGGCGGUGUGGAGUAUAUGGAGUGUGAGCAUCAAGUGCAGGAUUCCUACGAGGAUGUGGAACAAGUUUUGGGUGGUGAGCGUGUCGAAGAGAAUGCUAAAAAGCCGACACUCUUACGUGAGUUGAGUGAAACUUUGACCGUAACUAAGGAUGGUGAGAAGCAGGUUACACGCCGCAGCGAGACAACGAAAGAGACGCCAAAGAAAGGCGCCAAACUGCUCAAGAAGUCCGAUGAUGAGCGACGCUUGGAGUUGGAAGCGCAAAAGCUGAUUGAAAGCUAUCAGAAGGUGAAGAAAGAGGCUGAAAAACUAUUUCAGCAUGAGUUGUGCGAGGAAGAAGGAUUCGACUUUGGUGAUGAUAAGCAAAGAAAGUCGGAGGAAAGUAUCAACGCGCAGGUUGAAGUAGUAAAGGAAAAGGUUGAGAACAACGUGGAAGCCACAAAAGAGGUGGUGUGCGAAAAGAGCUUGGAGGAUAUUAAGGUAGUGCAGCCCGAAUUGGAGGUGAGCGUUGAGGAAGAAAGUCAGUUGCCAGCAGUAGAAGAGAUUACUGAAGCAGAUGUUAGUGAAAAUUCAGCGGUCCAGACCGAGCAGCCGGAGCUCAAGCAAGAAACUCAGCUCAUUAGUAAAGAGCGUGGUACGGAAUUCAACAAAUUAGAUGCUACGCAGCUGACCGCCGGUUUCUUAACUGAAGAACGAAAGUUCAUGGAUAAUGAAAGGGUAGCGCAGCAAGGAAAAGAAGCUGUUGAGGAGAAGAAAGUAGCAGUUAACAAUAAAAAAGAAGCCUCAAAACCAACCGUUCCCACCAGCGUAUCACCCGAUUUGCUGGACAACGAACCGAUCUAUGUGCUGCAUAAGAAUAUUAUAGAGGCACCGAUUGUGCCAACAUUGCCUGUUGAACUGCUUAUCGAGCCAGCAUUACCGGACACCAAGGAUCUUAUAGAGAUCCAAGAAGAUAUAGCGCCAGUUGAAACGGAAGUCGAGCUACCACAAAAUGUGCGCCAAUUCGAAACUGUGGAUAUCAAGAUUAGUCUGCCAACGUCGCCCAAAAAAGCUAAACCCUCCGUAGAGGUCAACACAACGAGUGCAACAAAAUCAGCACCAACGCCACCCAUACCGCAGAAGCGUGAACACAAAUCCACAGAGAACAAGGCACCCACACCUGCGACUACGGGCACACCCACGCCAACACCCAAAAAACGUGGCUCCAUCGAACUGCACAGCAACACUGCUGCCGCGGACCACACAACGAGCGCAGCCAAGCUGCAAACAACUAAAUUAGAAAUCCCAAUUAACAAACAGAAACUCCAGCAAAACCUCAACGCCGCAACAGCCGCAGUCGCACAACCGAAGCUCGAGCGUAUUAUCGUUGGCGUAGAACAGCAACAAUUUGACGACACCAACAAUAAUAACAACGGCAAACACUCAGCAAUCAUUAACCUCGCUAGCGAAGAUUUGCCAACGGAAAUGGCGGUCAACACACCGAAACAAGUUGUCGCCGAUGUGCUAAGCGGCAGCAGCAGCGCUUCAGAGUUGCAGUUGGAGACUAUUAAUUUGCCAAAUGAGCCACAGCAAAAUACGUCCAACGCUUUAGCAGAGAAAUUAAGGAAAACACAACGUGUUGGCGAUGGCAUGCAAAUGCCACAGACAACUACACCAACAACAGCGUCUACAACAUUUGUGUCAACAUCAUCUUCCGCGGAUUCAGUGCAAAGUGUCAUUGAAGUAGGUGGCAUUGUGGAAUCACCAUCGGAGGAUGAAGUCGCGCCGGGCAUUGCGCGGGAUACAAAUGAAGAAGAUCUUGACCAAACUCACUUGAGUAGCAAGAACAAAAUGGAGAACGGCAUACAGGUGGUGCCGCAAACACCGUUACUCGUCAGCGAUUAUCUAACACUCAGCGCACCACCCACAUAUUCCCGCCUGCCACCCGACGGCCAUGAGUUUCCGCCCAAUUUCAGUGAACCCCUCAUAAUGCCCCCGCCAAGCACGAAUCUGUUGAAGGCUGCCAGCCUAAUGCAGUCCACCACUACAACAAUGACCAUGUCCAGCACAAAGGGCAGCAGUGCCAACAAUAACAAUAACACAAACACCAUUUACACAGAGAAACUGUAUACAGCAGCCAGCGCCAACGGUGGACAAACAAUGGUCGCCAGCACACGCACAACACACACACACAUUAGCAGCAGCAACAGCAGCAGCGCGCCGAAUGGUGCCACAUUGACAUCGGCAGGCGCAGCGAUGGCCACAUUAACAACGCAAACGGCGUCACCGAAUGGCACAUUGAAGAUAAAUAGCACAAAAGUCGAAAUGCCCACGCUGGAGUUCACGCUCAGCAGCAGCGGCAAUAAAGUGCCGGCGUCCAACACAGACGCGCCGAAUGCACCACCACCACCACUACCGAAAUCGGGGCCACCACCGACGGUGCCACGCAAGGUGUAUCGACAGGACUUGGUGGUAAAUGUGGAGGAUACGCGUCAGCCAACCGAUAAGCGCAGCGAUGUACUCGCCGAAGCGACCACACCCUCGGGUGCGGGCAAUGGUAAAUUAGUAUUCGAGUCAAGACACAGCCGUUCAACGCAGAAUCUGUCGUCGAGCGGUAGUAGCACACCAACAGCCAACAAAUUGGAACCACCCACAUUUGAGUUGGGCGGCGGCAGCAGCGGUGGCAGUGGAAACGAUUACAAGCGUUCAUUGAGCGCUCCACGUCGUCACAGCGAUUGGCGUAAGGAUGAGAAGUCGGAGAAGAGUGUACGCGACAAGAUCGCUAUGUUUUCGAAUGAGGCGGAUGGCAGUGGCGCCGCUGAAACUCCAAUGAGACCCUUGAGCUUCUCACGCACACAAAGCGCUACGAAACCGCUCAAUUUAAGCACGGAGAAUUUGCUUGAUACCGCCACUAGCGCGCGCUAUGCCAACACCGCAUCUAAUUUGACAAAAACGCGUGCGAUGAGCGUCGAGAAUCUGAAUGAUGUGGCGCGUCAAGUGCAGUUAGCCAAACAGUUGCCUACACAAACGUUUUCGGACUCAAUGUAUGCACUAAACACGUUGGCGCCCGACUAUACACAGAGUUAUGCCUCCUUGCCGCGUCGUCAUAUGCAACAUUUGGAGCGUCGCAUUAGUUUUUCGGGUCAGCCCACUUAUAUGCCGGACGAGGCGUCACGUAAGGCGGCCAUAACGAAUAUAUUGGAACAACGGCGUCGCAGCAUGUCGAAGCUGCGCGGUUUGGUAAUACCGGAGCGUCCACAUGUGCCUUUGGAACCCAUACUUGAUUUGCCCGAGAUCAAGAGUCGUGAUAGUGAGAAGUUGAAAUCGGGCAAUACGUCGUCGACAGAUUCUACGGAUAGCGGUGUUGGUUCCAGUAGCGGUUACUUCUCGACGGUGCCACGUCCCGCCAAACGCACAGAAUUGACACAAAGCUCCUCACCGCUGCGUCCACUUACGGUGGCCACCACAAGCAACACCGCCAACAUAGCCGCCAAUAACGGUUAUCGUAGCAUUUUCGGCACACAAACUGCUUCGCCGCGUCAUGCCACAACGGUACAAUCGCCAUUGGCUAUGUCACAUCAGCCACGGCGUUUCGAGCCAGCGUUACAGGGCACACCACCAGCCAAGCCACCACGCACCUCGCUCAGUGUGCCACCACGUCAGCAUGCCAUGCACGAAGAAAGCGACUCAGAUUCGGUUUUCUCCUCAAAGGUUUCCUCGCCACCAAUGUCGCCAUGUGUGCCACAAGUGCCCGAGAAAUUUGCGCUCACACGCACACUCUCCUCGGAGACGAAUACUUCGAUAGCCAGCUCAACAACUUCUACGCUCACAUCCGGCUCGGGUUCGCAGGCGAGCUGUUCCUCAGUGGGUAGCACACCGACAGUUGAUCUGUCGCGUCGUGUGCUGAAAUCUGGCUCCAGUGAUUCGGCCACGAAUCGUAAGAAUAUACUUGCGUCGGCGAAGUGUCGCAAUGGACGCGGUGAUGCCUCAGCGCUACUACGUAAUCGUCCCUACGAUGAUGAGGACAGCACUGAUGGUUAUGAUGAGGAUGAAGUACGUCGUGUGCACAAAUCGAAGCCGCGUUCCACAUCGGGCGCUUCACUGGUGAUCAUGCCCAACAAGGUGGUAUCCGCAUCGGCACCCAUCAACUAUAAAUUGGUUUCGAAAAAUGACCAAAGUCUCGUCGAUAAGGUCAUCAAUGUAGCCGCCUAUGUUGAGGUCACUUCAGAUACAGACGACAGUAGCCGUAAAUCGGAUAGUACCUCGCCAUUGAAACUCAGUGCCAUGUUAAUCGAUGAAGAACGCAAAGCCAGCUUCAAGGCCGAUCCCAGUCAAAAGGCCAGCACACCACCGAAAGUGGCGUCCAAACCCAAAACGGCUGCUAUAUCGCCAGCUGUGAAUGCGGUUCCCGUACAACCUGUCACACCACGCAGAGCCACUGAAGUUAUGACACCGCCUAAGAAGACACAACCCGAACCCAGCAAUGAGCUCUCACAAUGGAUGCAAGUCGAAGUCGCUAAGAAGUCUACGCAACAAAUAACCAGUAGAAAUAUGCCGGAACGCAUGCCGCUCAAACCGGUGCUUGAGAAAUAUGAAUCCUCGGUAAUCAGCACUAAAACGUACAGCAGCAAAACAGCAACAACAACAAAGGUCACCACGGCUGAGAUACGUGAAAAGUUUGAACGUACAGCUGCCGCAGAGCGUGCAGCCGCCGCAGCAGCCAAUUCCACAUCGAACGUCUCGCCAGCUGUUUCAACGAAUAGUCUACUUGCUGCAAAGGUCUUGACCGGCAAAGUCGGUGCAAACUAUCACGAGCGUUUCCCCUCACUCGAUUCAAUAGCCUCAUCGUCGUCCGGUGUCAGCUCGAGCACACAGAAUGUGUCCACACAAGAGAAUACCAACGAAUUCGGCAGCUUUUCGUCGCUUGGCAGCAAUCAGAGCUUGAUUACUGCACAAGACAUACAACAGAUCAUUGAAGAGGCGGAACCGCCACUAAAAACACCGGAAGCUUUCAUAGUAGUGCUACAACGUGAUACGCCCGAAAGUAGUAUUGGCAUCACGCUUGCCGGUGGUUCCGACUAUGAAGCCAAGGAGAUUACGAUACACAAAAUCUUAAACAACACACCAGCGGUCAAGGAUGGGCGUCUAAAGAAGGGUGAUCGCAUAUUAGCUGUCAACGGUAUGAGCAUGCGUGGUCUAACACAUCGCGAGUCCAUCACUGUGCUGAAGACUCCACGUCCCGAAGUAGUGCUUGUCGUCACACGUUCCGAAUCGGUCAUUGUCAAGCCGCUCACCAAGAAACGCUCCUCACUCGGCUCACUCACUUCGUUGAAUGAGAAACCCACCGAAGUGGACUACGAGAAGAAGCGUAACUAUCAUAAGGCAUCGCGUUCGCUCGAUUUGGAUUUGGAUAUUGUCUCGGCCAGCGAAGAUGCUGGCACAUCAAAAACACCGAGCACAGUGUCGAGCACAAGUCCAACGCCGACAAUGACUGAUACCGCUGCGGCCACAUUGGCCAGCAUACGUACACGUCGUCAGCAAUCGCGUGCGGAUGCAAGCAAGCUGAGCACCAGUGAGCUGCUGGAACGUGCCGCCGAGACGCGUAAUGCCAUUGCGGCGGAAAUUCGUGCGCAAGAAGACGCCGCCAUCGGCUCACGCACUGUCGAGAUUGUUAAGGACAGCUGCGGACUGGGUUUCUCCAUUGAGGGUGGCUUCGAUUCGCCGUUGGGCAACAAACCAUUAAUUGUGAAGAAAGUCUUUAUGGGCGGUGCUGCUCACAAAACCGGCCAAGUACGCAAUGGCGAUGAAAUCUUAUGUAUCAACGGUGCCUCCACAGCGAAAAUGACACGUGUUGACGCCUGGAACUAUAUGAAACAACUGCCCAUGGGACCAGUUAAGAUAGUGUUCGCUUGAAGCGAACGGCAAUCGUGCGGAUAUAUAUAGUUUAAAAUUGUUAAUAAAAACAACAACAACAACAAAAUGUUGUGUUGUAUAGGCUGCAACGACUUGUAAUUAGUACACUAUAUGUAAUUGUAACUAUUAUGCGUUUGAAAAGCAUUAAACUUAUUUUAUUUGGUGUUAAAAAUCAAAAAAAAAAACAAAAACAACAAUAUUAUAUAAUAUUCUAGUUUUAAGUAUUGCUUUACUUAAUUGGAUUUGUGUUUGAAAUUUGUGCGAUUUCUUGGUUCUGAUGAUUUUAUUUUAAUACAAUAUAUACAUAUACAUACGGACAUGGUUGAAUUGUUGUUGAUUAUUUUAUAAUAAUACUAGCACUACAUACAUACAUAUAUACUUCUAUACUGUAUAUAUGUGUAUGUAGUUUUUGAUUUAAAUAUUUGUGAAAUUGUUAUUAUUGUAGUUAUUUGUAUCGAGGACUAGAAGUAAGCAGCAAAGCAAAAGCCAAUAUGGGAGAAUUUAACUACUGGAAAGCACACAUGCAUACAUACAUACAUAUAUCAUAGCCGAAUAUAUGUUUGCGCAAAUAUAAUAAAAAAGUAUGAAUCUUGCCAUUUAUAGCGCAAAGCGUAUGAGUUAUAUGCAUGUGGAUUUCAAACUGAGUUAUAGUUAAAAUAUUUCAAAAUAUUAAAAUUAAAAAAAAAAUUAAAAUUAAAAUUUUAAAAACAUUCAAAAAUUAGAUUUUUGGUGAGCUCUUAUUAAUUAAAUUUUCACAUACAUUUUUGAUGCAAUUUAAAAUAUAAUUAGUGCAAUUUUUUUAAGAAUAAUAAAAAAAAUAACAAAAAAAAAUAUUUAAAAAAAAAAAUUUUUCUAAAACAAAUUUCGAAAAAUUUUUAUUUUCUAAAAUAAUUUUCGAAAAUGCAAAGUAUUUGAAAAGUAACCAACUAACAGCAUUUGGUUUAUAUGCUUGCGCUUUGUACACGACAGUCCUCGUUAAAUACAUUUUUUAAAAGUGUAAAUUAUAGCUCUCAAAACAACAACAUAUUUGCAUUGCUUUGCUUAAUAUAUAAUAUGAUUGUCUACGAUUUACGUAGCAAAUACAGCAAUUGCAUGUUUGUCUCAAAAAAAUUCAAAAUAAUUUUAUUUAACUAAUUUUAUUCUAUUUUUAUAUACAUUAUGCACAACAAACAAUACGGGAAACAAAACGCGCAAACUUUCGCGACGAAAGCAUAUAAGCGACGUUAAAUGUGCUUAAUUAAUCAAAAUAUAAAAAAAAGUAUGCAAAAUAUAUAUAUAUACGAAUAAAUAAUAAUUUUAACGAAAUGUGUAAAUCUAUGCGCAAGUUUAGAGCACUGUCCGUAUGGGAUUUGAAAUAUUUUGUGACAAGUUUAUACGAUUAUAUUGAAUAUACAUACAUUAAUAAAUAUAUAUAUAUAUAUAUUUAAUUACAUAUAUAACUAUAACUAUAUAGCAUACUAAAUUAAAUUAUAUAAUACAUAUAUACAUACAUAUACGUUAAUACUAUAUUUAACCAUUUGCGAUGCCAAACUGUGGCACACUUGCAUUUGCUUGCGUUUGUUUAUAUAACAACCAUACACAUAUACUAUAUACAAACAUACAUAUAUAUAUAUACAAUCAAUUAAAUGUUUAAUAAAUAAAUUAACUAAAUAUAUACCAACUGAAAUUUA